ACAGCUGAGCAGGACACAAGCACGUGUACAAAAAUCUUAUCAAUUUGCGUAUCAGUCUUUCUUAUCAAACGUUGCAUAAUAAGUUUCUUAAUUGAGACAUUGAUUAUUGAAUCGUUGUCGCGUGAUUAAUACUUUAUACGUUUAAUACAUGCUCAACAAAAUGAAUUUAUGUCUUGGUGCUACAAACAGACUUUUAGCAAGGCACUGUGCCACUGUGGCAAAUAUUGCUAAGCCUUUGAUCCCAUCAACAGUCAGAAAAUCUCUAUUCGAAAAUAAGAAGAUUCUGCCAUUUUCCUCUUUCUUGACUGAUACUCAUGGUAGAAAGCACAAUUAUUUGAGGAUUUCCUUAACAGAGCGCUGCAACCUACGAUGUCAGUAUUGCAUGCCAGCUGGAGGUGUUGACUUAACCACAAAGGACAAACUACUAACAACAAGUGAAAUCAUUAAAAUUGCUUCUGCUUUUGUAGUAGAAGGAGUAGAUAAAAUUAGGUUGACUGGUGGGGAGCCCUCCAUCCGUCCUGAUAUUGUUGAGCUUGUUGAUGCCUUGAAAAAACUUGAUGGCUUGAAAACUUUAGCUAUGACUACCAAUGGAUUGCUUUUAUCCAGAAAGUUACCUGCUUUGAAAGCAGCUGGCUUAAAUAUGCUCAAUGUUAGCCUAGAUACUCUCAUUCCAGCCAAAUUUGAGUUUAUUACUCGCAGAAAAGGAUUUGAAAAAGUUCUUCAAGGCAUUGAUGUCUCUUUGGAAUUGGGAUACAAUCCACUCAAACUUAACUGUGUUGUGAUGCGUGGUUUGAACGAAGAUGAAUUGCAUAGCUUUGUUGAACUUACCCGUGAUAAAGACAUUGAUGUUCGGUUUAUCGAAUAUAUGCCAUUUGAAGGAAACAAAUGGAAUGGUAAAAAAAUGGUUCCUUAUCACGAAAUGUUGGAAAUUAUUAGACGAAAAUACAGCGACUUGAUGCGUUUGGAAGAUGCAGCUAAUGACACAUCCAAAGCCUAUCAGGUGCCGGGAUAUCGCGGGAAAAUCGGCUUCAUCACGUCCAUGUCAGAACACUUUUGUGGCUCGUGUAAUCGCUUGAGACUAACUGCUGAUGGAAAUCUGAAAGUGUGUCUCUUCGGGAACGCCGAAACCUCGUUGAGAGACUUACUGAGAGAUGGGGCUUCAAACGAAGAAUUGAUUGCCGUUGUCGGCCAAGCCGUUGGACGGAAGAAAAAGCAGCACGCCGGAAUGUCAAAUUUGCCUUCGAUGAAAAAUCGUCCCAUGAUUUUGAUCGGUGAUCCCAAUGGUCUAUUGACAGGGGGUUCCAUAGCUACGAGUUCCGUCCGUUUUUACUGCACCACUAAAGAAGACAACCAGAACAACCAUGACAAUUACCUAGAUGAUCCGUGGACGAAGUUCAGAGAAACUAAUGCUUCACUCCUUCAAGUAUCUUCUAUGUUUCAUGCCCCAGCUCCACAUGAAAAUGAACCAGUUCAAGAACCAUCAAAAUCUGCGACCUCAAAUGUCAACAGUGAACAGGUUCAGUUGACUCAUGUUGAUCAUCAAGGGCAGGCUCGAAUGGUAGACGUAAGUGACAAGGCAUGGACCAUUCGACGAGCUAGAGCUCAAGCUACUGUUUGGAUUGGACCUGAAGCUUUCCAUCUAGUAGCUGAAAAUCAAAUAAAAAAAGGUGAUGUUCUUAAAGUUGCCGAAAUAGCAGGCAUCAGCGGCGGAAAGUUGACUUCGCAGUUGAUUCCGCUGUGUCACCCUAUCGCUCUUCAUCAACUUCGCGUUCACUUAUCCCUUGACUCAAUCAAUCACUGCGUUAAUGUAGAAAGUGAAGCAGUGACACGAGGUCCAACGGGUGUUGAAAUGGAAGCUCUAACAGCUGCAUCAGUCGCUUGCUUAACAAUAAUUGAUAUGGUUAAAGCGGUGACUAGAGAAGCUGAAAUUCGUAAUCUUCAAUUGGUUAGUAAAUCGGGAGGAACUCGUGGUGACUUUAAUCGUACAAAAAAUGACAAUGUACCAUUCCGUUGUUAAGUUUAAAAUUAUCUAUUUUGUUUAAACGAAUUGGAAAAUGCAAAUUUAAAGACAGUUAA